ACACGCACACUUUGAGCGAGAGGAGAGACACGUUUUAAGUGCGUGCACUCUCUCUGCUCGAGAGCAGCGUAUAUCCGAGAGCGUGCAUCCGGUUUUGUGCAAGAGCAAAGGAAAUCCGCGUGCGAGCAUGGAGACUCGCGCUUGCGCAUUAUAUUAAUCUACUUUCGCGCUACAAAAAUGCGCUCUCAACAUUUGGCAGUAAAAUAAUGCCAUAUGAACCAAAAUUCACUAAUCAGCAUGGAGCAGCAGAGAGACUCAGAGUGGAAUGAACUCAGACGGUGAAGACAUACAGACCGCAGAAUCACAACCAUGAAUGCUGUAAAUGCCGUGCAAAUGUUCAUUCUGAUUUGGACCUUUUAUGCUGUCUGUCAAGCUGAUGAUGAUUUCAUUGUAAGCUGUGAUGAUGUGACUGGAUCUGUGGGGAAUGAAGUGACUUUCACCUGCAGGGUCUCAUUGCAGCCCCCUGAAUGCUGCAUUAAAAUGUAUAUGUUUCAAUACGCUAUGCUCUAUAAUGACUUGGCAAUCUGUAAAGAAGAGCCUCCUGUGAACCCCUGUGAUCACAGUAACAGCUUCACAUGCCGCUACACUCCAGCUACAGCAAUGACAGAAAAAUUCAGAUUCUUUGUGCAAACAAAUUGUGGAAGGAACACAACAGAAUUCACUGUGAACAUACCAGUGCCAUCUACACCUGAAAUUGUUACUGAAGCUCCUAGCAUGAAAGAGAGAAAUAUAAACCAGAGCUUAUUAGGAACAUCUUUACCAGACACAGCAGAGGAUCCUCGAUCUAAGUAUACUGUCACUGCUGUAGUUGUGGGCUUUUUCAUCCUCAUCAUCAUCGUCAUAAUGACUGUCAUUCGCAACAAGAAACCAAGCUUCAACACAUCUUGUAGAUUCCAGAAGAGAAUGUUUCUGGGCCUCAGACAUGAUGAGGACAACAGCAAUCGUCCAGAACAUGUGGUCAUUGACUCAGCAGUAUGAAAUCAAUGAAUUUUGUUUGAUUUUCUAUGUGCUGCUCAUGAAAGAUAUAGGAUUUAUUUGAACUUCGCUAAACUACAUACUCUACACUAUCUGUACUUAAAACUACUGAACUACAUAACACUGGUUGUUGGUUUAAAACUCUGUUUCUGUUUUAUAUUAAUUUCUGUGAAAUAACAGUAUAUUAUUGAUCUGUUUGAUCAGUGUAUAAAUCAGUGUGUAUGUGACUUUAAUGAACUCAAGUCUUUGUGAGCUUUAAGUGGAAAUCUUUAGCAAUUUCCAUGAGUGCAAAUCUUAAUGUUUAAGCAUAUAAUGAUAUUCUGUAUGGGAUUGUGCACUGUAAAAAAAAAAAAAGUUUUUUACAAAAUAAUUUUGCCAGCUGUGGUUGCCAGAAUAAUUAUGAAAAAAAAAACACAGAAAAACUGUGAACGCAAAAUAAAUUUUGUAAAUUGUAAAUUUUACAGUUUAAAACUGUAAUUGACAAACAAUAAAAUCUGAAUGUAAACCAA